GUUAGAAGUUCCGGCGCGAGCUAAGAAGACUACAUUUCCCAGCAAGCCGCACGAUGGGUCCCAGUGCGCAGGCGCAGACAGACGUGGCAGCCGAAGAGAUGGUUCCUGCCGGGCGCUUCUGGGGAAGGAAGAUGCUGCUUUCGCUGUUGCUGCUGAUCAUCUGCCCGUCCAGCUUUUUAUCCAUCAAGGUUUCUCCUCUUAUUGAAAGAAUCAGUGACCAUAAAGACUUCAAGAAGCUUUUGCGUACAAGGAACAAUGUUUUGGUUUUAUACUCAAAGUCAGCCUCAGUGGCAGAACAGCAGCUCAAACUCCUGUCCAACAUUGCUCAGGAUGUUAAAGGAAGGGCAACUUUAUCAUGGAUCGACUGUGGUGAUGGAGAAAGCAGAAAGCUGUGCAAGAAGGUGAAGGUGGAUCCCAGCAAGAAGCCCAACGGGCUGGAGCUGCUUCAUUACAAGGAUGGAACCUUCCAUACAGAAUAUAACAGGCCAAACACAUAUAAGUCACUCGUGGCUUUCUUGAGAGAUCCAGAAGGGGCCCCAUUGUGGGAAGAGAAUCCUGAAGCAAAAGAUGUUGUACAUAUUGAUAAUGAGAAGGAAUUACGGAAGCUUCUGAAGAAGGAAGAUCGCCCACUGCUAAUGAUGUUUUACGCGCCAUGGUGUGGUGUUUGCAAGCGACUGAUGCCAUCGUACCAGCAGGCUGCCACCAAUCUGAAGGGCUCUUAUGUGCUUGCAGGGAUGAAUAUUCACCCCCCGGAGUUCGACCGGCUGAAGGAAGAGUACAAUGUGAAGGGUUACCCAACCGUACUUUAUUUCGAGAAAGGGAAGUAUAUGUUUAACUUUGAGAAGUACGGAGCAUCUGCUAAUGACAUCGCCGAUUGGCUGAAAAAUCCUCAACCCCCAAUCCCAGAGGCCCCUGAGGUGGCAUGGGCGGAGCAGGACAACGCAGUUUACCACCUGACAGAUGCAGAUUUCGACCAGUUUGUGACAGAACACCCCUCUGUGCUUGUCAUGUUCUAUGCUCCAUGGUGCGGCCACUGUAAGAAUAUGAAACCCGACUAUGAGAAGGCCGCAGAGAAACUGCACGCUGAAAGUGGGGUUGGUGUAUUGGCGGCAGUAGAUGCUACAGUGCACAGAGCCGUUUCAGAGAGAUUCCAUGUCACUGGAUUUCCCACAGUGAAGUAUUUUGAGAACGGUGAGGAAAAAUAUACGGUACCUCACCUGAGAACGGAGCAAAAAAUUGUGGAGUGGAUGCACAACCCAGAGGCACCACCCCCACCAGAGCCUUCCUGGGAUGAAAAACCUUCCAGCGUUCUCCACCUUGUGGGGGAAGAGUUCCGUGAAGCCCUGAAGAAGAAGAAGCAUUCACUGGUCAUGUUCUAUGCUCCUUGGUGCCCCCACUGUAAGAGUUCGGUCCCAGACUUCACAACAGCUGCUGAUACCUUUAAGGAUGAUAGAAAGAUUGCAUAUGGCGCUGUAGACUGCACAAAAGAGAAGAACCAGGGGGUGUGUAAGCAGGAGGGGGUGGAAGGAUUCCCUACCUUCAACUACUACAACUAUGGAAAAUUCUCUGAGAAAUACAAUGGGGAACGAACAGAAUCAGGAUUUGUUGGUUUUAUAAAAACACUACGUGAGAGAGACCAGGUUAAACUUGGCAAGAAAAAGGAUGAAUUGUAACACUGGCCAUCAUGGCUGCACCCACUGCUUACUGUUAAAUGUCUCCCGGCUUCCAGGUCCUGGAGACUGAACUGGUUUCCUGCUAGCAGAACAGGUCUGACUUCCCCUAAGCUCUCGCAGGGAAUAGUGUACAAAUCAGAGAAAUUAAAGAAAAGUUGAAGAGGAACCAAACCACUGUUUUAUAGAGUGUUCCCAUACUGAUUUUGCGGGAAGACAGAUUAUCCGCAAUUCCAUGUGUGCAACCUAUUCCUGUACUGUAAUCCUUAUUUUGGUGGCAUCUAAAGGUUUCCAGCAAGGGUAAGGAGUGACAUUUUUGUUGGAGGUUUAUCAUCUGGAAGGGACAAAUGUUUGUGUAUUGAAUGUGGGGUGUUUGGGGUUCACUGCCCUUUCACUGAUGCCAAUAUGAUAUGACAAUAUGCAUAAUCCAUUCCUUGCCUCUUCUGCUUCCUGAAGGGUCUCCACCAAGCUCCCCCCCCUCCCUGGGAAGGAUGGGGCAUUUGCAGCCAAAACCUGUAUAAAUUUAUCAAGCUUCUUAUUGGCAAAGUAACCCAGUUAAGCUCCUUUCCUCUCAUACCACUGAAUGUUAUGUUUGAAUGGGCACUGCUUUGGCCACAGAAUGACAACCAUCUGAUUAUAAUGCAUUAUUGGAUAGUUAUUUUGUCAGCUUGCAAGGCAGCCCAUAAACAAUGAAAAAAGGGGUACAAAUGAUUGAAAUAUUGAUCCUUAGAUUCAACCACUAAGCCAUCGUUUUUUAUUUUCUUGCAUCCUUAAAAGGGGAACAAUCACAAAAAUUAAUAUUUAAUAUAAGCUUCAUCAUACUGAAAAUUCAAAAUAGUAACUUUCUAAAUAUAAUCAAUUAAAACUUGUGUACUGCUUCUGAAAUAAUCUUCCCACUAGCCCUCUUUCAGCAUCUGUUUCUCUUCAUUCUGUCUUAAUGUAGUCGUCGGGUGUAAGAUUUUGAUUGACAGAUCCAAUAUAUCUUUCAGUGGGGACUCCUUUUCCUAACGGAUAUGUUAAAGCUCACUUAAAUAACUCAUUCCUCCAGGAUUUCUGUACAUUUCUAGAGAGUGACCACUAAUACAAUGGGAUGGGAGAAACUUGGCCGACCGGGUUUGCCUAGGGUCCCCAGCCUGCCUGGCCCAGCACUGCCUGCAUGAAGAAAGAAUGAAGAACAGCAGAUGCUGAGAGGGGGAGAGAGAGAGAGGUACCUACAUUAUUAAAAACAGGUCAUAAUUUUUAAUUCAUUCUAUUUAGAAAUGUUUUUAUUCAGUAUGAUGAAAAGUAUAUUAAAGGAAUUGUUCAGUAUAAAAAUAAAAACUGGGUAAAAUAAAAAAUGUUUUCAAUAUAGUUAGUUAGUCAAAAAUGUAACGUAGAAAGACUUGAGUGACUGGAUCUCUAACAUAAUAGCCAGAACACUACUUACAGCUUUUUUGGUUUCCAUUGAUUGGUUACCAGGCAGUUAACAAGUGACUUGAGGGGGGGGGCAAAUGGGCCUGUUGCUUUUGAAUCUGAGCUGCAUGCUCAAUUGCAAACUCACUUACCAUUUAUGUCCCAUGUGGCCCCCCUUCAAGUCACUGACUAACUAAGAGAGCUGAAAAGCAGGACGUGGUACUCUGUUCUGUUAAAAAAGACAUCCACUCACUCCAGCCUUUAUAGAUUAUUCUUUUGGCUAACUACCCAUAUUAGAAACAUUUAUAUUAUUUUGCACAGCCUAUCUAUUUUCCCCGUUUUUAUCUUUACACUGAACUGUUCCUUUAAAUUUAAAUUUUCUCUUUUAAAAUAGAAGUAACGCCUUUCUUUAAUCAUGGAGCUUCUGCCCAGGCCCCUAUCCCUCUCCUCAAGCACAACAAACAGGCAUCACAGAAUGGACCUGCUUCUAAAAAGCAUAAGUGGAAAGGCUGAUCCACACAGUGGGGUUGGGGGUCAUCAGGUCUGGAUACCUCAAUUCCUGUCCAUGGUGGAGGAAUGUGUGCCCUUAAAGCAAGGAACGUGCUGACUUAGUGCUUGUGUUGCAGUGAUCCCGAAAAAGGAAGUGAUCCCAAUUACCUUUCUGUUCAAUUACAGGGAAGCGGGCGAUUCUGGGAUUUGUGGUUAGGGAGAAGUGUUUACUUCUCCUUUAAGGUCAAUGAUCCAUGGUGCUUCUUGUCGCCCACAAUUUGUUGA